AUGGUCCACGUUUCGGGAACUAAAGUCCGCGUUGUUAAGAAGAAAAUCACCAAGUUCAAGAGACAUGAAUCCGACAGAUACCGCCGUGUUGCUCCGAGCUGGCGCAAGCCGAAAGGUAUUGAUAACCGCGUCCGCAGACGCUUCCGUGGAAUGCGUGCUAUGCCCACCAUCGGUUACGGAUCAGACAAGAGAACCAAAUUCGUGUUGCCUAACGGAUUCAAGAAGGUUCUUAUCCACAACACCAAGGACCUCGACAUGAUUCUCAUGCAGUCUUUCAAGUACAUUGGAGAGAUCGCCCACGGAGUCUCCGCCAGAAGCCGUAAGGGUAUUGUUGAACGCGCAGCCCAAUUGAACAUCCGAUUGACGAACGGUAACGCCCGUCUUCGCACCGAAGAGUCGGAAUAA